AGAUGAAUGCUAAGCAACAGGCUCAAUUGAUGCGCAACCGAGCCAUGAUUGCUGGUGCGAACCCGGGUCAAAUCCCUCAAGGCCAAAAUAUCAAUUUGGGAGUUAGUGGGGCUCAAUAUUAUGAUCCAAAUGUGCAGAAUCCCUCGCAGCCACAAGUCGCAAUGUCACAGAUGCAACCCCAGACAGGUGGAAUUCAAAACGUCCCGAGCAGUAUCUCAACGAGUUCUCAAUUUCAUAACACGUCCGUUAGAAUUACCCCUCAAAGCCAAAUUCCAAACUCGCAGCAACAACAACCGCAGCAGAACAGUGGUACUGCUAGUACCGUUUCUUCUGGAAACAAUCAACAAAAUCAAUCAAGCACAUCCUCGAAUCCAUCAUCGGCCACUGCAGAAAUGCGAGCCACUGAUGUUGUAAGCAGACUGAAGGUACUCUCUGAGAAGCACUUGAAAGAGUCUCUUCACAAGGUGUUUUCGACUUGCAUCACGGCAGUGAACAGUCAAGGAGGGCGGGACAACGGGGCCACUGAUGUGACGACUGCUGGUAGUGCGAGUGGGGGUGAUAAAGACUCGAGUUCGAAUGAAAACAGUAAUAUUGCAUUCGGUCAGUCGGUUGAGGAAUGCAUGUCAGUAUUGGACCAGAUCGAGAUGAAUCUUCAACUGUCCAUUGAUUGGUCCAAUCAGCUCAAGGUCAUGGACAAGUUCUGUACACCUCAACAGCAACAACAGUCACAAAGCCAGACACAUGAGCAUCUGAGUAAUUUGACAACGGAGGAAAUCCUAAAUAGAUAUGAGAAGCACAAAGAGUAUUCUGAUAAAAUGAAAGCCACGAUCGACCUUUUUGUGAAACAGUUGUCAGCUGAUGAUUCUUCGUCAUGUGGAACUGCCAAAAGUCUGAAUGCUUUUCCCUGUGUGGCUCUUUUGUGAAACUGUAAUAUUUUUUUCUCUGGAAGUAUAUUUUUGUAAGUUUUAUUUGGCUUCCAGUAUAGUCCCUCAAUUAUAUUUGAAGUUGGUUAGAUUUUGACAUUCUCAUGCUGUCAAACGCUCUUUUCUGUUUCAGCUAAAUUUUUUGGCCUUAGAGUGAAAUUUAAUUGAGGGCCAAAUUGAACUUACG